UUGUUUUUAUCUCAAUGUCAGGGAGUGGUUGUCUAUUUGUUCCCCCCUUGAUCCUUAUUUUCAAGUGUUCUUAUCGUCUUUUUCUGGUGUGCUUGUUGUUUUUGUACUACUAAGUAGCAUCCAUCGAACGAGUGUCGCAGAGAAUGUUUGAUACUAUAUUCUGACAUAUUUUUGCUGAUGAGGUCUAAUGUUUGGCCCUCUGUUUCCUCGGCCUUGGUUAUCCAUAAUGCUUUUGAAUAUGGCGAAUGGAGAAGUUCAAAUCACCCAGCCCACCCAGCUUUUGCCAUAUUAUUACACACCCUGAAAAUUUAGUGUCCAAUACGAUUCGUUCUUCCUCCAUGUAGUUGAGCAACAAAUUUGUGUCCUCCCGCCACAUGAACACAACAUCCAAAUUCUCUGAAUGAUCAGUAUAGGAAGUUUCAUAGACAAAAGACAUAGAAACUCAACAUAUUUUUCUAGUAAGGUUAGAAAAAAAUGUCACCAUACUACAUUAGACUUGGUCCAAAUGACAUUCUCCUAAAAUUGAAGGUACUUUAACAACAUAUAAACGUUUAGUCUCCCAAAUUUUCUCUCAAAAUGUACACAAAGAAUGUUCAUGUAUGGAUUUCUAUUAAUGCCUCUAUGCUCCACCCAAGUGUGUUAAUCAAGGAAUUUCAAGUAGUGUUCAACCAUAAGAUGCUCUACCAUAGAUGCUGUGGUCGAAACUUCAAUAAUUGAGGCAUGGACAUGUUUUGAGGAUAGGGUACUUGGGACAAGUGUCUCAACACUCUUGGCAGAUUCUUGACGUUGCCUCUGAUUUAAAUUGCUAGAAUAUAGCUAGUGUCUGGACACUAGUUGUAGAUAUCGUAUAAGCAUUCUGACUUGUUUGGAGUAUGUCAAUGUUUAGUAGCUUUUUAGCUUGGUUUUGUAUUCUACAUGGUUGGAUGUGAAAUAUGGUAAUAGAAGACAAAAAGAUCCCAACUAGACAAAAAGAAAAAAAAAAUAUAUAUCAAACAUUGAAAAGAAGUACCUAAGAAAUAACCUAUGUUGGACUAAAAUAAUAAUUUAACCAAAAACAGAACAACAAAGAACUUAGGGACGGCAUUACAUUGAAAUUUAUGAAGAAAAAAAAAAACUCCGGACCUCUAUGUUGUUAUGUGGACGAAAACGUGCGGUAGCUAUAAAUUAGAAUGAGGGCGGAAUAUGAGGCGAACAGUUGGUGUGUGAAAACCAGAAGUCCUAAAAUGUGUGCAUGGAGGUAACGUGUCCGGCCAAGGCGCAUCAGGAGUUGGUAUUCCCUGUUGUACGUCCUCCACAUGGCCUUCCAUAAACUUGGUCAACAACUAACCCUUUUAAACACGAGUUCAAUCCGAUCCCCAUCUGCUCACGAUCCAAAGAAAUGGCUUUCAGACCCUCUCCCACCUCUGCGUGGAAAUCAAUGCUUAGGACCCAAGGGAAGCGUCGGUUAGCGUCGUCCAGCACCGCUUCCACCAUUGAAAAUGCUGCUACGUCUUCUAAGGGCAGUCCGAGUAGGAGCGAGUACAUGAAGGGUGAGUACGCCCCAGUCUACAUUGUGUUGGGGUUCGUAGGGAUUGUUUUGAUGAUGGGAACCCACACGGCGAAGCAGCAGCUGCUGCAUUCCCCGGUGGUCAAUGUGAGCAAGAAGAAGAGGGAGAGCAUCUCGGAGGUGGAGGAGCCCGACACCGUCAUCAAUUCCGCCGACAAGUUUAUCAACAAAUCCAUUCUUAGGAAGGUGGCCCACAUCCAGGACAACACCAAGACUGCGUAGCCCCCUUAUGCUGACACUCCCAAAACUGCUGGAGUGGGUGGAUCCUGCCCGGCGUUGAACAACCCCUUGUGUGUAAGCAUUUGAAUGUCUUCAUUUCUUUACUUCUGAUUCCCACCAAUGUGUGUGUGUGUGUGUAUAUAAUGGGCCCUUCUGGUUCUGGAUCUCUUCCCUUUGUGGUGUUGGAUGGAGCAGACUAGGUCUAGGCAUGAGGCCCUCGGUUCUGUGUUUUUUUUUUUUUUUUCAUGUAUAAUAAAACCAAUUGGACUUCCCCAAAUUGGGACCUUGGAAUUGUUUUCAUCUAUCUUCAUCUUCGAUUCUCUCUUCUUCUUCCAUUCAUUUUAUCAUUGGAGUGAAUCUGAUUUUAAGACGACAGAGCAAAGUACUCUUAAAACCAAACUUGCACCAAUUCUAAUGGAUCCAUUUGGGAGACUCAGUAGAGAAAUGUACUAGAGGGUAGAGGCUAAUAUUUGUAGCUCACACUCAUGCAUCAAAAGUUGAGUGUAGCCUAUUCAUGCAUGAACCACGAGAGCUUCACCUUCAAGUAGCUUGCAGGGUGUUGUGUUAUAUAAAAGGAAAUCUUAUCAUUUUCUUGCAUGGGAAGCUUACACCACAGGUGACUAUUGGAUAGUGGAAAAAAGAUCUACUUUGGAGGUAAUUUGGAUGACGUAUAGGUUUAAAAAGUGUACUCUAGAAUUAGAAUUUCGAGCUUUUGCUCAAGGAUUUUGCGAACUCUUAUGGUUGAAGUUAAGCUUUGAUGACUUACAUAUAUAGGGUUUUAGAAAAGGUUUGAUAGAUGGUAACAUUUAUGUCCAUCAUUUUGAAGAAGAGUCUUUGGAUGAAGUAAAAUUGUUCCCACUACAAAGCAUUAUUCCUAUUCAAGCCAACCACUUCGUUUUCACUUUUAACGAGUUUUUGCUUUGCUUUGUUGGGACUCAAAGAACUGUACCAUUAGGAUAUCAUUACCCGUUUGAUGUAUUUUAGGUGAUAUGAUCAAAUUUGCUUAACAAGCAGCUCCUCCAAGAUAAAUUCCCGAAAUAUGACUAAUUUGAAAAGGUCGAUUGAGAGUUGUUUGGAGUGCUAUAUGGCCUAACGUGGUGCUGUUCUGAUAAAACUCUCCAUCAUUUUAAAAAGUGUUUGGAAUAAUGUUAAAGAUAAAAGAAAAGCAAAAGAAAAAAGAAACGAGACACAUUCUUGGAUGUCAAGACAAGUUUUAUUCAUGCAACCAAAACCAAAUAUUGGUGCUGCCCCUCUAUGUUGUUGUAUAUAUCCAUGAGGGUUGAGGAAUGAAGGUGCAAAUUUGGGUAGCAGCAAUGGAGAAACAGCCACCGCUGUCCAUCAAACUUAUUAGAGAUGACAAUGUGGAUAAACCUGACGACAUGGUUAUUCAGGUGAUGGAGUGUCUGAAUGAACCUGGGUUGGAUUCUCCUACCAACAAACAUUCUAUCUACAAACUACCAUUCUUCAUGAGACAAACUCACUCCGAAGCUUUCAACAAAGCUUUCGAUCCCCAGGUGGUGUCAUUUGGGCCAUACCACCAUGGGAAGAAACAUUUGUCGCCCAUGGAACGGCAAAAGGCUAAAGCGUUCAACACUCUUAAAACCAGAGGACUGCCCGUUGAAGCCAUUGUGAGGGAGGUGUCCACCAUUUUGGAUGACCUCUUGGAAUCAUACGAUAGGCUUGAGGAAGAAUGGACGCAAGAUCCCGGGAAGUUCUUGAAGCUCAUGAUUGUGGAUGGGUGUUUCAUGCUGCGAUUGUUCUGCGACUGCCCUGCAUCUCUAAUUAACAUGAAGAUGGAUAUAAGGCUGGAAACGCUGCUGCUUGAGAACCAGCUACCCUUGAAGCUUCUGCAUAAGCUGCAUUCUAUAGCAGGCCCUAUCUUCAUAUCAGAAGGCGAUGAUGAGCGACCACUCCAGGAGCUGAUUUGCAAUUGGUUGGGCAUCUCCCAGAAAGAUCUGCUCGAUGAAUUCUUGCACAUUUUGGACUUGUAUAAGGCCUCAUUAUUGUGUCCUCCGAUAGACCGGACGAAGUGGUGUGAGAAGGGGGAGCUUUCAGGCGCGGAGUUUCAAGUCAUUCCGCCCGCAACAAAGCUUCAUGAAGCGGGGAUCAAAUUCAAGAUGAGCCAGACGAAGAGCCUUAAGGACGUGAUUUUCGAUGAAGUAGAAGGCGUGUUGAGUCUGCCGAUGUUGAUGGUGGACGACAACACUGAGUCCACUUUCUUAAACGUGAUGGCAUUUGAGAAACUCCACGUUGAGGGUGCAGCCCAAGAAGCGCCUUCCCUCAUCACGUCUUUCGUGAUCUUGAUGAGUAAUUUGAUAGACGACGAGAGAGAUGUGGCGCUGCUAUCCUCCAAGGGUACGUUGGCAAAUGCGCUUGGGAAUGACAGAGAAGCGGCAGAGUUGUUCAGUCGGCUGGGGAAAGGGGUGGCUAUGGGUCCCAACAGGCACAUGAUGGCGGUGCACAAGAUGCUGAAUGACUACUGCAAGGAGCCCUGGAAUGAACGGUGCGCAACUCUGAAGCACCAAUACUUUCAAAACCCAUGGACCGUCAUCUCCUUAACCGCUGCUAUUUUUGGUUUCCUCAUCCUAAUCCUCCAGGCCAUCUACCAACUUCUUGAUUACUACAAGAAGGACAAAAAGAAAUAAUACAAGGAGGACAAAAAGAAAUAAUACUAACUUCGUCCACACCACCUACCACUUUCGCAUUUCUUGAUUACUCCUUUGUAUUUUCGAUAAUGUUUUUAUGUGGGUUUGACUUAUAAAAAUAAUUAUAAUAUCUGACUUUGUAUUUUCGA